UGGUUUGCUAAAAUCAAUUGUAUUUUUAACAUGACACGAACGAGAAGUAGUUGUAGUAAUAGAAUGUUUAACAGCAGAAUGUCCGCCAUUAACUGGGGGAGGAAUCGAAGGAAUUUUCUAAAAGCAGCCACAAUUUUACUAGUGAUUAGCAGCAAUCAGUUGAGAGGUGCAAUGGCUGGUGGUUAUGGUGGCUAUGGCGGAGGUGGAGGUUUAGCUGGCAGUUCAGCUUCGGCCAGUGCUUCAAGUUUUGCUUCAAGUGGUGCUGGUGGUUGGAGUGGUGGUGCUGGCGGUGGGGGAGGUGGUGGCAAUCCAUUUUUGCCUGGUGGUGGUGGUGGCCAUGAUGGAGCUGUGGUCUCCAUACGCAAGGAAGUCAAUUUAAAUAAUCUUAAACAUGGCAUAAGUGGUGUUUUAGGUGGUAUUUUGGAUGGUGUUGGCAAGUUGCAUGGUGCUGCGGCAAGUGCUGGAGGUGGUGGCCUAUUUUUGGGUGGCGGCGGAGGAGGUGGAGGAGGAUAUGGUGGUGGCGGUGGAGGAGGAGGUGGUUUUGGCGGAGGCGGCGGUGGUUCUGGUAAACCUGGUAAUCCAUUUUUAGGCGGCCGCAAGCCAGGCGGUGGUGGUUUUAUUGGUGGUCCUGGCAAGAAACCAGGUGGAGGUGGUGGUUCAGCACCUUGGCAACCUGCGGUUAAUCCUGGCGGUGGUGCUGAUGACUGGCAUCCUGCUGAUAACAAUGGUCUCAAUAACCCAGUUCCACAGCCUGACUUGACUUAUGUACCCCCACCGGCACCAUCACCGGGUAAAGGUCAUGGAGGUCCUGUUGGUCCUGGUGGCUAUGGAGCAGGUGGUGGUGGCGGUGCUGGUGCUGGAGGUGGUGGUGGAGGAGGUGCUGGUGCUGGCGGUUUUGGCGGCGUUGGAGGUAGUGGAGGUUAUGGCGGAGGGCCAGGUGGUCCUGGCAGCCCAGGUGGAUAUGGAGGUUCUGGUGCUGGCGGCGGUGGUGGAGGAGGAGGUGGAGGUGGUGCCGGUGGUGGUGGAGGUUCUGGUUCUUAUGGUGGUAAAGGAAGUGCAGGAGGUUAUCCGGGAGCACCUGGAAGUCCUGGCAGCCCUGGUGGUUAUGGAGGUUCAGGUGGUGGUGGCGGUAGUGGAGGAGGAGGUGGUGCAAGGGGUGGAGCAGGUGCUGGAGGUUAUGGAGGAGGACCCGGAAGUCCUGGCAGCCCUGGGGGCUAUGGAGGUUCCGGUAGCCCAGGAAGUCAUGGUGGAGUAGGUGGAUACGGCGGAUCUGGUGGUUCUGGGUAGUCAUGGUGAUACUGGUGGAUAUGGAGGAGGCGGUUCCGGUGCCGGCGGUGGUGUGCAGGAGCUGGUGGUGGUGCAGGUGCUGGUGGUGGUGUAGGAGGUGGAUAUGGUGGACCAGGAGGAUCAGGUGGUCCUGGUGGUGCUGGAGGUUAUGGCGGUAGUGGAGCUGCUUCCGGCGGUGGUUCAGGAACUGGCGGUGGCUCUGGAGGAUCGGGUGGAUAUGGUGGUCCUGGUGGAGCUGGAGGUUAUGGCGGUAGUGGAGCUGGUUCCGGUGGUGGUUUAGGAACUGGCGGUGGCUCUGGAGGAUCUGGUGGCCAUGGUGGUUUAGGUGGAUACGGUGGUUCUGCAGGUGGAGGCGCUGGUGCCGGAGGUGGUGGUGGUGCAGGUGCAGGCAGUGGUGUCGGUAAAGGUUAUGGUGGUGCUGGGGGUCCAGGUGGUUAUGGUGGUUCAGUAGGUGCAGGCAGUCCGGGAGGCCAUGGCGGUUCAGGAGGUUAUGGCGGUUCUGGUGCAGGAGGUGGUGCUGGAGGAGGUAGUGGAUUAGGCGGUGGAGACGGAGGUGGUUUUGGUGGUCCCGGAGGUCAUGGUGGUUUCGGUGGAUUGGGCGGUUUAGGUGGCGGUGGUGGUAAAGAUUUUCUUAGUUUUAUACCGGGUCUCGGUGGAGCUGGUGCCUUCAGCGGUGCUGGUGCAUCUAGUUUUGCUGGAGCUGGCAGUGGCUCCUUUGGAUUUGGCGGACCUGGCGGUAUUGGUGCAGGCUCUCCCGGUGCAGCCAGUGGCGGCCAUGAUGGUAGUUGCGCCAAAUGUAGUGGUGGUGUCGGUGGUGGUUACGGUAAAGCUGGUGCUUUUGCCAGUGCUUCAGCUUCUUCCUCAGCGUAUGCUAAAAGUUAUUAAGAACAUUAUGAUCUGAUAUAUUUUUAAGUUAAAAAAAAUAAUCAUCAUUAAAUUAAUAGUUUAGAAAAACUAACUUAGUAAUAUAAUUUUCGAUAGAGGUAAUUUCUUUACAAAAGACAUAUUAACGAAAAAACGUGUAUGUGUAUAAGUAUGUAUGUUGUAUAUAAAUAUUAUUUUGUAAAAUUUUUGUUAAAAUAUACUCAUAGUUUUUGUAAUUAAUACAUUUUUUUAUUCCACUAAUAAAUUACUUUUUUAU